AUGGUGAUAUAUACACCACAGAAAAGACUACGAUCAGAGCUGGUGUACCUAGCAAGACAAAGCAAGGAGACGCAAAUACCUGGACUUGCACAGUUUGGAGCAGAAUUUCGACGAUUUUCUCUGGAGAGAUCCAAACCUGGAAAGUUUGAGGAGUUCUAUGGAUUACUGCAGCAUGUGCACAAGAUACCAAAUGUCGAUGUUCUAGUGGGAUAUACGGACAUUCAUGGAGACCUGUUGCCUAUCAAUAAUGAUGACAAUUAUCAUAAAGCAGUUUCCACAGCCAAUCCUCUACUCAGGAUUUUCAUUCAGAGAAAAGAAGAUGCAGACUACAGUGCCUUUGGUACGGAUACUAUGACGAGGAAGAAAAAUGUCUUAUCAAAUGUGUUACGUCCAGAUAAUCACAAGAAGAAACCACACAUUGUCAUUAGCAUGCCACAAGACUUCAGACCAGUGUCUUCUAUUAUAGAUGUAGAUAUUCUUCCAGAAACCCAUCGCAGGGUACGACUUUACAAAUACGGAACUGACAAACCGCUUGGAUUCUAUAUACGAGAUGGCUCUAGUGUCAGAGUAACGCCACAUGGACUAGAGAAAGUUCCGGGGAUUUUCAUAUCUAGGCUUGUCCCUGGAGGUCUGGCUCAAAGCACAGGCUUACUGGCUGUCAAUGAUGAAGUACUGGAGGUGAAUGGAAUAGAGGUUUCAGGAAAAAGCCUUGAUCAGGUUACGGACAUGAUGAUUGCAAACAGCCGUAACCUGAUCAUUACGGUAAGACCAGCAAACCAGAGAAAUAAUGUUGUCAGGAACAGUCGGACUUCUGGCAGCUCCGGUCAGUCUACUGAAUCGAGCCUUCCAAGUAGCACACCAAAUAUUUUAGCAAAUUUCUUGCAUGGAGAAGAGGAGAGCGAUGAAGAGGACAUUAUUAUUGAAGACAGUGGUGAGCCACAGCAGAUUCCAAAAGCCGCACCUACUAGUGAAAGCCUGGAAUCGUUGAUGCAAGUUGAACUCCUUCAUGAGUCAACACAAAAUGGAUUUCUUCCUUCCAAUGAGAUGGACUUGAAUCAUUCAGCAGGCAGCAUUAGCAUGGAAUGUGAAGUACGAGAUCCAGAUCAUAAGUCAUUAGAAGAAGAUGGAACUAUAAUAACGCUAUGAAAUUAUUGAUGUACUUUGUACUAAGUGAGGAUGCCAUACAUGUUUUAAUUUGGCUUAAUGUGUAAUAUUUUAUACCUCUCCAUCAACUGAGCACUACAGUUAGAUUAAAAGGAGGGAAAAAAGUAAAUACAAGAAGUUCAAAAUUAUGUAAGUUGACUAACUUCAGUUAAUUCUGCACUUCAAUGUAAAUACUUCACAAAGAUGGAAGAUAAUUGAUAAAUUACUGAAAUUAGAUGAGGAAAAUGUAAACUGAAGAUGAAGGAUAGCUAAGAGAUCGCUGUGAGCUUUCUUUUAAAGGUACUUGAUUUUAUUUUUUUUAAUGCAGAAUACUACUGGUUCUACAGAAGUAAACUUCCAUUAUUGUGUGCGGUUGACUA